UUCCUCAAUAGGAAUUUUUUUUUUUUUUUUUUUUUUUUGGCCGAAGGAAGUACUGACCAUGCCCACAGCCACUGGCUGAGCAAAGAAGCACAUUUCAUGUGAGUUCUAAGGAAUGAGAACGAAUUUUGAUGAAUUUGAGCAGAAAAUGAAUUUCUGGGAACUUUUUUGGGGGCGAAGGGGUGGGGAAUUCAGCCACACUCCAGAAAGCCAGGAGUCGACAGUUUCGGAAGCCUCUCUCAGGAUUCAAGAUUCGAGGAUGAAAUUGGCUUACUGCUAUCUUGUGUCAUGUACCCACUUUUUGGCCAGACUACAUUGGGAAGAAGGCAGUCCUCUAAAGCAGAAUCUGGGUGCUGCUAAAUGGGGAGAUGGGAAGAGGGUUGUUAAGCUGUCCAAAUCAACAACGGUCAUAUAAAUGGCCUUAAACCUUGGGGUUGCUUUCUGCAUAAAGUUGCUGUGACUCAUGCUAUAGACAAGGUUGAGUACCUGGACAUGAAGGCAAUCCUGUAAUGUAAAGAUAUUUACAGUAUUGCCUUUGGGUCCAGUCUUGCCUACUGGCUCUUUGCUCGAGAGCCACUACCCCAUGCCCUCCACUCAUCUGGAUUUACAGGAACUGUCAUAGUGUUCAGUAUUGGGUGGUAACCCCAUUGGAUUGUCCCCUUGAGGGGAUGAGUUAGGGGUGCAAGGUACACCUGAUGAGUAGGUCAAUUGAGCUCAUGGUAUUUCCUGAAGAUGCUAAUCCAUUUGCCGAACUGAGUCUUGAAUGUACUGGGGGCUUCAAGGUAUGGGUAUGUUUUUCUUGUGUCCUUGCAGUCAACCCCCAUGACUUCUCAUGUCACGUAUGUCCUGAAAAAAUAAGAGCCUGCCCAAGACUUUGGGCCUCUUGACAGAAUGAACCAACUUUAUACAUCUGAGUCCUCUUGGUAAGUCCUUUAGCAGUGUUCAAAGUCUACUAGCUCACAUUAGUUUCAGUUGCUGCCAACAGAUCUGAACGAAUGCUGACAGAUCCCCCUGAGGGCUUCUUGAUGGGCUGGCUGGAGCUAGUACUGACAUUCAUUGUGAUGAGGGCAACUUUCUGGUACAGGGUUCUAAGCACUAUGUUUUAUAUACAUUUUCAUCUGUACUUGCACAUCACUUUACUCAAGGGGAAACUGUGCAAAGUUAGCUGGAUUGCUCAAGGUCACUUAGGUAAGUUGGCAAGUCCAUGCUUCCCACUCAGCUCCUCAGGUCAGCAGAUCUACUUCUCUGCCUGUUUUGCAUACUCUUUUUAAUAUGUGCCUAACUUUGGAAAGCCUAGAAUGGGUUCCUGGUGCUUUUUUACUUUGAAGAAAUCAGUUUCUGCCUCUUUUUGGAAAAGAAAACAUAAAGUGCAAUUUUUUUAAUUUUUUUUUUUUAUUUAUUUAUUUUUUACUGGAAAGUUACCCAAUAGCAUGAGUUGAAGAGGACCUAGUUAGUCCUUCCUGGAAACAGAAGAUCAUUUCAAAACACUAUCUGCCAGUCUGUUUCUCAGUGUCUGCUACUUGUAGAUAUUUCAUUUCAGGAUAGCAGCAGUUAAAUCCGUGGAUUUUGUAGUUAGGAACCUGAGUUCAAACUCUCUUCCACUAAUUGGCUGUGUCUCUGGACAAGUUUUCUUUUUUUUUUUUUCCCCCCCAACCUUUUUGAACUUUCACUUUCUACACCUACCUCAAAGAAUUGUUGUGAGGCUUGAGGUAAAGGGUCUGCCAGAUAGGAAGAUGCUAGUUAUGGAUUUACAGGGUUGUUAAGGCUGUAAAAGUCUAAAACCUACAGUGAAUCAGAAUGCAUUUACCCCCACUGACUUUGAAAUAAGUGAAAACUAGCCAGAAGUCUCUUUUUCAAAUUGCUUAUAGGUUAUUCAAUAUAAAAUUUUUAUAAUGGAUAUCUUAUUUAUCUAAACUAAAGCUUCCUGUUUAUACACACUCCUAUUAUUCUGGGGUAAGGUAAAUGACCACAGUACCUUAAUUUCUAGGAGGGUGCCUGUGAUGGUUCAUUGUAGGUAAGGACGUUUUCUCUUUUUCAGCAGCUGUGUAGGUCCAGAGCCUCUGGGAGAGGGGAGGGGCAGCAUGCGCCCAGCAAGGGACUGAACUGGGAAACUCAAGGUUCUUUUUACUGUGGGGUAGGGAGCUGCCUUUCUGUGAUAAGUUUCCCUUGGGAUGUUGCUGUUCCCCUCCUUGCUAUUCAUGGCUAUAUACAACGUGGCCAACCCCAGUAGGUUGAUCCUAUAUAUGAUCAAUGCUGGCGCUGACUCUCACUAGCCCCACCCAACCUGCCUAUAGGUUUACAGAUACAUUAAUUAGGCAACCUAAAACAUUGAUGCUGAUGUUGGUGUGACAUAAUGCUAUGGCCAGAACUGAAACUUAGAGUUAUAAUUCCGGUAUUAGGGUUCUCCAGAGGGACAGAACUAGUAGGAUAUAUGUAUAUAUGAAAGGGAGGUUAUUAGGGAGAAUUGGAUCCCACAAUUAUAAGGUGAAGUCGCACAAUAGGCCGUCUGCAAGCUGGGAUAGAGAGAAGCCAGUAGUGGCUCAACCCGAGUUCAAAAACCUCAAAACUGGGGAAGCUGACAGUGCAGCCUUCAGUCUGUGGCCAAAGGCCUGAGAGCCCCUGGUAAGCUACUGGUGCACGUCCCAGAGUCCAAAGACUGAAGAACCUGGAGUCUGAUGUCCAAGAGCAGGAAGAGUGGAAGAAAGCCAGAAGACUCAGCAAACAAGGUAGACAGUGUCUACCACCACAGUGGCCAUAGCAAAGAGGCCACCGAUUCCUUCCUGCUACCUGGAUCCCUGAAGUUGCCCUGGUCUCUGCACCUUCUGAGUCUAGUUCUUAAGAGCUUUCAAUUCCAUGAGCUGUCUCAUAGCCCUCCAAUAAAUUCUCCGUGUCAGCUUCUGUUGCUUGUGGACAGAAAAUUCUGACACACCUACCCUGUAAGUGUUACUGUCGGGAUAACAUGAGAACACACAAUCACUAAGUGUUAGCUACGGUUAUUUUGCCCAAGGUAGCAUGGCUAGUUGAUGCUGGUUGAUGGGGCUUAAACCCAGCUCCCUCAUCUUCCAGGCCUCUGUACUCCCUAUUCCACUAAACUACCUCUCAGGUUUCAGUUUAUUUUUAAUUCUUACUCUGCAAGUACAUAGGACCACGUUUACCUGGGAAAACAAGAAUAAAGGCUGGUCUGCAUUUUUUAGAAACGUUCUUGAAAGGGAGAUGGGAAUGCCUGCACCCCCAAGUCCAGACCAACACAAUGGUUAAUUGAGAUGAAUAAUAAAGGAAAGACUGUUCUGGGCUUCCCAGAAUAGCUUGGUCCUUAAAUUGUGGCACAAACAACUUCCAGUCAGAGCCAGCCUCCUGCCAGGAAGAGGGGUAGGAGACUAGAGGCCACACAUGCUGCGGCCUUGCCCUGAAGGCUGGGGUGGCAAUUUGGAGGCUGUCCAAACACCCUGGCUUCUAGAGCUGGCCUGUCCAUUUGAAACCCCAGCUCUGAUGCUAAUCAGCCACCCUCAGGCAAGUUACUUAACCUUACAUGCCUCAGUUUUCUCAUCUGGAAAAUGAGAACCCUAGGCUCAGGGUUGUUAGAAAAGUUAAAUGAGUUAAGACAAGUGCCUGGGACACAGUAGCCUCUCGUGUGUUUAUCAUUGUGUCCUCAGCAGGUCGAAUAAACAGCUUCUCAGGUGUGAGGCUGGCGCAAUUAUCUGGAGUGGGUUGGGUUUUCUAGGAUCGACCCCCUGCUGCAUUUUCCUCAUUCAUCCACCAGGGCUUAAUGGGGAAUUAAGGAAUCCAUGUGUAACUGAUAAUAACUGUAGCUACACUUCAGUGAGCACCUAUUAGUUGGCCCUGGCACUGCUUAUACAUAUGUCUAUCAAAUACAUCAAUGAGGUAGAUAUUGUCUUCAUUUUAUAGAUCAGAGAAAAUUGGGGUUCAGAGAGCUGAUGUGAUUUUUCCCAGGGUCACAGAGAGUCCCAGAUUCAGGCACAACUCUUGUAUUCCAAGACACAAGCACUACAUGUCCAAAGACUGCCCAGAGCCACCAGCAAAUUGUGACAUAUCCCUAUAGAGGCUGAGCACCUGGUCAGGGUCUGGUCGCCAACAGUGUGUCCAGAUGCAGAACUGGAGUGAGGGAGGGGAAGGGAGGCUCCUUGGGACAGAGAAGGCUUUCUGUGCUCUCUCUGAAGGGAGCAGUCCGAGGACCCAGGGAACCAGGCCCUCCUGGCUGGAGAGGGCUGUGGCAAUGGAAAAUCAGUGCCAACUGCAGUGAGUCAGCCUAGGUUAAAUAGAGUAAUCUAUGUAAGAGUGCUGGACAGGAACCUUUACCCCCAUGACACAUUUCUUCAGUGUGACCUUCUGGCCCCUCUCCUCCUGAUAGCAGAAUGAUGACUGCCCUGAUCGGUGAGGCUGGAGGAAGAAUCAGUCCUGUCCUUGGCAAGCUCUUCACUAUUAUAGUAAAGGCCCUCUCCCUGCUCCCAAGGCCUGUGACUUUCUAACCUGGCCUCACGCUGGGUAAGCUUAAAGGUAGAGGUGCAGGAUUAGCAAGCCCACCUGGCUACCAGGCCAACAGCUACAUGCUCCAACUGACCCUGAUGAAUGAAGAGGGACUCGUGUCUGUGUCAGUUGGUUCCAAAUGAAGCCAGGGAGUGGGGCAUUAGGAAUCGAAACCCUCAAGCUCCAACAGGAUGGUACUUAAUGGGGAAUUUGAGUGGAGAGGUAGGUGACAUAGUGCUUUGGAGCCCAGGGAGGGAAAGGUUCUGUUGAAGUUGAAUUCAAGGCUGUUUUGUCUUUCAUCACCAACUUGAGUUUCCUGGACAUUUGUUUGCAGAAACAACCGUAGGGUUUUGCCUUAACCUUGUGGGUUUAUUAUUACCUCAUAGGGACUUUGUCUCCUGAUGGCAGUUUAUCUUAGUGCUCACUGUGGCACUUGAGUUUUUUGCAUAGUUGUUAGAGAAACCAAGUUUGUCAUCAACUUCUUAUUUAACCCACUGGCUACAACUUCAUUGAUUAUAAGUAAGCCAUCCGGAGUAAAAUCUGUUUAGAUUAUCUUGGAGUAAGGGGGAAGAAUCUGUAAUUUUUUCUCCUCAACUAGGUAUAUAAAUAAAAAAUGAUUUUUUUGCUUCAUUUAAAAAAUAUAACGCAAAAUCUCUUUCGCUUCUAAGGGCCUUCAGUAUGUAAUAACAAGAGCUAAUGUUGAACACAAGCCAUUGCCAGGUACUUAAACUGUCUCACUUAGUCUUGCCAACCUAAGCAAGUAGAAAACUGUCUCACUUAGUCUUGCCAACCUAAGCAAGUAGAUGCCAUUACUAUUCCCAUUAUAUUGAUGAAAAAGUGAGGUUGAGAAAGGUUCAGCCACACAACCAAAUACAUAGUGGAUCCAGGGUUUGGUCCCAAGUCUGAGUCCAAAACCCUGGUUCUUACCAUUACUGUGGUUCUGUAGGGGUGAAAAAUUUUUUCUUCUAAUCUCUUAGGUUCAGGGCCUGGGACCUGAGAAUUAAACUGACAAAGACAGACUAAUGGAAGACAAAGUUUAUUACGCAGUAGUGGAUGAAAAAUCAGACACUCAUUUCUCAGACUUCUUUGCUGUGGGCCCGGCCAGUGAGGCAAUGAGACCCUCAUUCAAACGAUGCCAAAGGGGCGGCGCGGCAGCCACAGCCCCACCAUGAGCCAGCGGUCGGCCCCGCCCCUCUAUUUCCCGUCCCUGUACGACCGCGGCAUCUCCUCGUCCCCGCUCAGCGACUUCAACAUCUGGAAGAAGCUCUUCGUGCCGCUGAAGGCGGGCGGGGCGACAGUGGGCGGGGCGGGGGGGCCCCGGCCCCUGCCCCAGGCGCCCCCCGCCCCGGCGCCCCCGCCCCCGCCACCACCCGGCCUGGGUCCCCCUGGCGAGCGCCCCUGGCCCUCGCCCUGGCCCUCUGGCUUGGCCUCCAUCCCCUACGAGCCUCUGCGCUUCUUCUACUCGCCGCCGCCGGGGCCUGAGGUGGCUGUCUCGCCCCUGGCCCCCCGCCCCUCGACCCCCAGGCUCGCCUCUGCCUCCCACCCCGAGGAACUGUGCGAGCUGGAGAUCCGGAUUAAGGAGCUGGAGCUGCUCACCAUCACUGGGGACGGCUUCGACUCCCAGCGCUAUACAUUCCUGAAGGCGCUAAAAGACGAAAAGUUACAAGGACUGAAGACCAGGCAACCUGGAAAGAAGUCAGCCUCUCUCUCCUGAGGAGCUGCCCACCAGAGCUUGGGCAGCCACCUCCUUAGGUGUUAGUGCUUAGAUAAUGUGUCCCAUUUGUUGUCAUUUCAAAGAUGGUUAUUUUCUGUUCUGUAUUUACCGCUGUUCUUGUUGCUACCAGCAUGUACUUCACAUACAGUGCCCGCUUUGCGUGGUAAAUCUCAUGGUCUCUCCUCUCUAUGUGCUGCUGAGUGAGCUCUCUCAUGAUGUCUAGAAGCUGCUGCCCAGCCAGCAUUCAAGGUCUCCCGAGAGAGCGGGGAGGGAACCCCCAACACUGUCAUAGUCAUGCAAACCAGAACGACAGAUUAUCAGGAAGGAAUCGGCAGAAACCAAGAGCAAUAUAUAUAUUGGUUCUACUGCUGUGUCUCUGCUCACAAAGGUUCUUUGAGGACUAGAAUAGUGGGGGUUUGGUGUGUGGGAGUGUGUUUUUUUUCCCAAACAUAUUUACUCCUUGGAAGUGUUUGGUGUUUUGAUCUUGUUUUUUGUUUUUUUUUUUUUUUUUAAUGUUUUUUGGACCGCAAACUCUCUGAUAAUCUUAUCAAAGCCCUGGCCCUUCCUAGAAAUUCAUAUAUUCAAGAAAUAUUUAUUGAGUGCUAAUUUUGUGGCUAGGCACUUGGGAUUGGGGAUGGGGGAGAGACAGACAAUAAAUAUUAUAAAUAAGUAAAUCAUAAUAUGGUAUCAUAGAAGAUGACAUGCUAAGGGGGAAAAAAAGCAGAGUAAGGAUUGCCAGGGCGGGUCAGAGGAAGGCAGGGCAGAAUUUCACAUGGGAUUUCUUGAAGAGGUUGAGGGUCAUAGCUAUGUGGCACCCUAGGGAAUGUUCCAGGCAGAAGGGCCAGUGCAAAGACUGCUCCAAAGAUGGGAGUAUGGUAGCAUUUUUGAGAACCAGCAAACAGUCCAGAUGGCUGCAGCAGGAGGAGUGAGGGGAGAGUGGUAGGGAUGAAUACAGAGGGGUGCCAUUUGUGUAGAGCCUUAUAGUCAUGGUAGGGACUCUGGGCUUUACUCCAAGUGGAACAGAGUCAUUAGCCUUCUGGGGAGUGACAGGAUCUGACUUGUGUUGCUGUGAUAUGAAUAGACUACAAGGGUGCAAGCAAGGAGGCAGGGAGAACAGUCAGGAGGCUGUAGUAAUUAAUAUUCCAGCUAAAAAGACCAUGCCGAGCCCGGCGUGGUGGUGCACACCUGUAGUCCCAGCUACUCAGGAGGCU